UUCCGAUGCUGGCAACGACCGACGAGACCUCCGGCGAGGCCAUCGCGGUGGACCCGCGUCUUUCCGCGAGCUCGCCACGCCUGCCAAGCGUCGUGGUCUACCUCAUUCUGGAGGCCAUCGAUGCCGGGCGAGACGCUGCCGCUCGAGCUCGCUGCGCUCCGCGACCUCGGCGCCGCUGUCGACCUCGCCGACCACUGGCCGGUCGUGCACGUGACCAAGAUUCCGAUUCAACAUGUUCAACUUGCCGUUGCCGCGCUGCCAACCUUUGCCGGUAUCUACAUUGAUGCUGGCUUUAUGGCGCUGGCGUGGCUGGACGCGACCUUGCCGCCGACGAUACCGCUAACACUGGUCCUUGACCCGUCCGAAUCUGGUGUACCCGGCGCCAUUGCAUACAACUGGGGCGAUCGCAUCUCCGAGGUCAUUGUCAAGGGCCAUGCCGUGGACCCGGACCCGGUCCCCGAAUUCCUGUCCCGCUGCGUGAACGUGCAAUGUGUGACGAUCGAGGACGCUGCGACGCCACUCGUCGCCGCAGCAUGCUUGGCAGCGUUACCAACCAACCACUUGCAUGCGCUCCGAGUCCAUGUCGUGUCGCCUGGUGCGCUUGACGCCGCUGCGAUCGUUGCGUGGCUUCAUGGACCCUGCGCUGUAUGCUUUUCUCUGUCUUGCGAGACCGUGCUGGACCCGACAGCGCUGGCGAUCGCGAUUGCAUCAUGCGAGUCGCUGUCGUCGCUGAGCUUUGAAAACGCCAUGGACGUCCAGGACGCCUUGGCGACCUCAGAAUACAAGUUGGACCACAUUUUGUCGCUCUCGCUGGGUCUCACAUCGGGACCGUACGUGAACGUGCUCGCAAUUCUGCAUCCAAGCGUCGUCGCCCGCAUUACACUGGCCAAGACCCAAGGAGAGGCGUUGGUGCUGCCCUACAUCGUCGACGCGCUGGGCGAGUGCACCAUGCUCGAGGAGGUUUCGCUUGUCAAUGCGCACAUUUCACCAAUGUCGACGACAAGGAAGAUGGGGCAUUGCGUCUGGCUUACGAGUGUUGCGAUCAAGUGGUCGACGUUCGCCGCGCUGUGCGACGUGCCCAAACUCAUCCAGUGGUUCUCGACCUCGCGCCAACUCGCGUCAGUCGACUUGACUGGCACCGCGCUCGGCAAGGCAGGCGUCGUCGAGCUGGCGCGGGCGCUCCCUGCGUGGAUGGCGAGAGGCCUCCAGAGUCUCAAUCUGGAAGCAAUGGGACUUAAAGAUGACGAUGUGGUCGUCCUUGCGGUCGCGCUUGCGUCGAGCCGCAACUGCCGCCGGCUGGCGAUCAAUUUGGCGGGAAAUCAACUGACUAACGCGUCGGUGCCGUUGCUAUUGACGACGCUGGGGGCAUGUCGUGAUGUCAUAUUGCACUUGAGCGGUCUUUUCGUCGACACUGGUCGCGCCUCGAAUGCGCAUGACCGGCGUGAUUCAUAUGCGAACGAACGCCAAGCAAUCCGAGACCUCAUGAAGUUGCACCAGCUCCAGUACAUUGCGUCCAGCACGUUUGCGUCGCCGUCGCGCACCUCAUCGCCAUGGCACCCCAUCUGCUUGUAAUUGCAUCAAUUGCGAUUUUCCC